AUAUUUUUUUUUUCUUCAAAUCUUUACCAUCACUUGGCCUUCUAUCUCCGCCUUCUCUUUCUGCAGGAAACUUUAUUUCCUACUUCUGCACACCAAGUUUGUACCUCCAGAUCUGAGGUUCUGUUGCUGAGAAGCCUGAGAUACCAGUGCCACCAAAAAGAAGCCAUUCCUGACUCCAGGGAAAUGGAAGACAGUACUAUGUUAUCUCAGAUCAUCCAUAACACACUAUCAACAUCUCAUUCUCUAUUUACAAGAAGUAUCGAAGAGCUCGAUGAAGAGGCCACCACACCUUACGACUACGAUGAUGGUGAGCCUUGUCACAAGCCCAGCGUGAAGCAAUUUGGAGCCCGGAUCCUGCCGCCACUCUACUCACUGGUAUUCAUCUUUGGUUUUGUGGGCAAUAUGUUGGUCAUUCUCAUCCUCAUAAGCUGCAAAAAGCUGAGGAGCAUGACUGAUAUCUACCUGUUCAACCUAGCCGUCUCUGACCUGCUCUUCCUGCUCACCCUCCCAAUCUGGGCUCACUAUGCUGCAAACGAGUGGGUCUUUGGGAAUAUAAUGUGUAAACUCUUCACAGGGCUCUAUCACAUUGGUUAUUUUGGUGGAAUAUUCUUCAUCAUCCUCCUGACGAUUGAUAGGUACUUGGCUAUUGUCCAUGCUGUGUUUGCUUUAAAGGCCAGGACAGUCACCUUUGGGGUGAUGACAAGUGGAGUCACGUGGGUGGUAGCUGUGUUUGCAUCUCUCCCAGGAAUCAUAUUUACUAAAUUCAAAAGAGAAGAUUCUUAUAAUAACUGUGGUCCUUAUUUUCCACUAAUAUGGAAGAAUUUCCAUACAAUAAUGAGGAAUAUCUUGAGCCUGAUCCUGCCCCUGCUUGUCAUGGUCAUCUGCUACUCAGGAAUCCUCCACACGCUGUUUCGUUGUAGGAACGAGAAGAAGAGGCACAGAGCUGUGAGGCUCAUCUUCGCCAUCAUGAUCGUCUACUUUCUCUUCUGGGCUCCGUACAACAUUGUUCUCCUCCUGACAACCUUCCAGGAGUUCUUUGGACUGAGUAACUGUACGACUGGCAAGCACUUAGACCAGGCCAUGCAGGUGACAGAGACUCUUGGGAUGACACACUGCUGCAUUAAUCCUGUUAUUUAUGCCUUUGUUGGGGAGAAGUUCCGAAGGUAUCUCUCCAUAUUCUUCAGAAAGCACAUUGCCAAACGUCUGUGCAAACAAUGCCCAGUUUUCUAUAGGGAGACAGCAGAUAGAGUGAGCUCAACAUUCACCCCUUCCACUGGGGAGCAAGAAGUCUCAGUCGGGUUGUAAAGCAAGCAGGAGUUUGCUUUAUUUUUUUUUUUUAAAGCAGGGGAGGAAGGAGCAGUUUGUAUAUAGGAAUAAAUCUCAAAGACAGUGAUUCUCGCCUUUUGGUCAUGAAGCCUUUGGGUCGUCAAGUGCACCUCUCACAAGGGUUACCUAAGAACAUCAG